AUGAUCGUUUGUGGCGACUUCAUCGAUGCACAGUUCGGUGUGAUGUUCGGCUUGACCACCAUGGCUUCGGCAGGCCUUGGGAACUGGCUGAGUGACACCAUCGGCCUGGGCUUGGGCGAUGUGAUCGAGCGCUCCGCGGCGAAGAUGGGCUUGAGCAAUGGGGGGUUGUCACCCGCGCAGGAGAGGAUGCAAAUUGCCAAGAUGACCACCUUAGGUGGCAAACUCAUUGGCAUCACUUUGGGCUGCUUCGCAGGCAUGGUGCCCCUACUGUUCUUAAAACCCGCGAAGGUGGAGAUUGCCAAGGAGGAUUUGGAGGUCUAUGAAUCCACGUUCCUCCCCUUCGGCGUCUCCAGCGCCGCGUUCGCGUCGCUGAUGAAGUCCGCGACGCGGCGGCGGAAGGAGCACGGCGCGAUGUUGGUGCAGGGCGGCGUGCCCUUCAAGAAGGUGAUCUUGCUCCUGCGGGGCGAGGCCGUCGCGUUGCGCUUGGCCAACGACGCCAAGCCGGAGGCCUUUGCCCGACGGGGCUCCUGCGGAGAUGCGGUGGUCUCACUGGACGCGGGUGAGCCGAGCCACCGGUACCUGGGAAAGUUAGAGGCGGACGGGCUCUCCGCCACGCCGAAGCUCACGUGCCGUGGCUCGGUGGUGAACGGGACGGCGAUUGCCUCGCCCGGGCGGCUGGAGGAAGCCUAUCCCAACGAUAUCAUCGCUGAGACUGCGGUGGAAUACCUAGAGUGGGAAUAUGAUGAGCUCAUGGAGAUGAUGAAGGAAGACAAAGGGAUCCAGGCAAGUAUCGUCUCCAUCCUCUUCCACGAGAUGGUGAACUAUGUCUCUUCCAACACUCCGACGCAAAGACGUCGGCUAUAUAAGAUCCUCAUGAUGGCAGUCCUGGCAGAUGGCAAGGUGGAUGACUCCGAACGAAAGCUGCUCAGCAAGUACAGGCAGGAUCAUCAAAUCAGCCAACAAGAUCACCUCAGUGUGCUCCAGGAAUUGGACUGGACCGAGGCGGGCUUUCGCCGUGGCUGGAUGAAUCCAGAGAACUUCUUGGAGCAGAAGGAUCCUGAUGAAGAGGCCGUAAAGGACCCCGUGAGCGAGCUGCAUAAGGCUCAUGCGAUUCUGAGCAACCUGCUGCAGCAGAUGAGGCCAGAGCCUCCAGCCUUGGAGUAG